CCGGAAGUGAAAGUAAAAUUUAUAGCAAUCCAGCGCUAGCUUCGGAAAGGAAACGUGUCUCAAAAGGAAGGUAGAUGGAGUUUCGCUUCCAAAACUGGUUUGUGCGCUCCUCAAACUUUCGUCUUAAACCAACAACUUCCACCGAAACGGGCAUUUCUGUCUGAGUCCAACACAAAAUGUACUCAAGAUGGCCCAAUGGACAAAACCAAAGACGGGCCCCACCCCCAUAUCCGACCCAGUUUUACCAAAACACAGCAAAUCCAGGAGCCGUUCCUUUCCGAUGCGGAUCCUCCAACAGGCAGAAUCCAACACAAGGUUAUCAUCCGACCGUGGGAGGGAAUUAUUUUGCCAACUGGAGUCCACACUUCAAUCUGCGCCAACCUUGCUGGAACCCACAAGGACAACCAUACCUUAGAAAUGGACCUCAGAACGCUUUCAAUAAUCCCUCACCAACUCAAACUAGUAAUCAACUUGUUCCCUAUUACCAUGGAUCAGUUCCUACACCAGCUAGCGGCCAGCCAUUACCUGCUCUUCAAUAUAACUCGAAUAGUGACACCUCGCAAGUUUUACCCCAGGGUUCCUCCAGACCUACAGCGCUUGACGCUGUGAUGGCUAAAAUAUUAGGAACUGCCGCUACAGCAGGAGGAGCUAGACCAUACCUCAACGGAACAUCUGCACAAAGAACUGCUUACGGUCAGGCUAUAAGUCCAAGACAACAGCAGAAUCAUGCAACCAAGCAAUUGACAUCCACAGUCUUUGACAGCACAAGAGGAAACACCUCUUCAGCAGAAGUCAAUGGAACAUCUGCGCAAGGAACAGUUUACGGUCAAAACAUAACAUCAAGACAACAGCAGUGUCUGUCAAAAAUGCAAAUGUCAACCACAGUCUUAAAUGGAACUCAAGGAAACUCCUCUUCAGUAGAAGUGGCUAGACCGCACGUCAAUGGAACGUCUGCGCAAGGAACCGCUUGCAGAAGGGCUGCAGCCGAGUCCUCUUCUGCAGGCAACACUCAAAUUGCUUCAGUCAAUAAAACUCAACAUGGACUUUACCCAGCCGAGAAACCAAAUCACGUGUGCAAAAAAACCUGGUUGGUACCGACGGGCAAUGCCGAUAAGUCAAUGAAGCGAAUGACAUCCACACAAGGAAAUUUUACUUCAACUGAAGGAAAUCGACAGUACGUCAAUGGAACAUCUGCGCCAGGCACAGCUGGCGAUCAAAGUAAAACACCGAGACAACAGCGGAAUAAUGCAACAAAGCAAUUUUCAACCACAGUCUUAGAUGGUACUCAAGGAAAUACCACUUCAGCGCAAGUAAAUAGACCGGCCGUCAAUGGAACAUCUGCGCAAGGAACCGGUUGCAGAAGCGCUGUAGCCCAGUCCUCUUCUGCAGGCAACACUCAAAUUGAUUCAAUUAAAAAAACUCAAAAUAUACUACAAAAUUAUGCAGUGUACACACUGGUCAACGGACAGUUUGUACUGCGUUUCAAUGUAAAUCAACCAACAAAGGAAUUGACAUCCACAGUCUCUGAUGGUACUCAAGAAGACGCCACUUCCGCAGAAGUAUGUAGACUGGACGUCAAUGGAACAUCUGCGCAAGGAACAGUCUACCAACAAACCGUAAACCCAGGACAACACCAUAAGCCAACAAAGCAGUUGUCGACCACAGUCUUAGAUGGUGCUCAAGGAAAAGCCACAUCAGCACAAGUAGAUAGCCCAUACGUCAACAGAACGUCUGCGCAAGGAACCGCUUGCAAAAGCGUUGUAGCCCAGUCCUCUUCUGCAGGCAACACUCAAAUUGAUUCAGUUAAUAAAACUCAAAAUGGACUCCAAAAUUAUGCACUGUACACACUGGUCAAUGGACAGUAUGUACUGUGUGUCAAUGUAAAUCAACCAACAAAGGAAUUGACAGCCACAGUCUCUGAUGGUACUCAAAAAGACGCCACUUCUGCAGAAGUAUGUAGACCGGACGUCAAUGGAACAUCUGCGCAAGGAACAGUCUACCAUCAAACCGUAAACCCAGGACAACACCAUCAGCCAACAAAGCAGUUGUCAACCACAGUCUUAGAUGGUGCUCAAGGAAACGCCACAUCAGCACAAGUAGAUAGACCAUACGUCAACGGAACGUCUGCGCAAGGAACCGCUUGCAGAAGCGCUGUAGCCCAGUCCUCUUCUGCAGGCAACACUCAAAUGGAUUCAGUUAAUAAAACUCAAAAUGGACUCCAAAAUUAUGCACUGUACACACUGGUCAAUGGACAGUACGUACUGUGUGUCAAUGUAAAUCAACCAACAAAGGAAUUGACAUCCACAGUCUCUGAUGGUACUCAAAAAGACGCCACUUCUGCAGAAGUAUGUAGACCGGACGCCAAUGGAACAUCUGCGCAAGGAAAAGUCUACCAUCAAACCAUAAACCCAGGACAACACCAUCAGCCAACAAAGCAAGUGUCAUCCACGGUCUUCGAUGUUCCUGUAGGAAAUUCCCCUUCCCUAGGAGGCGAAAGACCGUACGUCAAUGGAACGUCAGCGCAAGGAACCGCUAACGAUCAAACUAAAACCCCAACCGAAUGGCAGUAUCAGCAAUCCCAUCCGCUUUUGACGAACUUGCUGCUAAAUGAAAGCGCCCAGUCAACGACCAAACUCAAUGAAAGCAAUUCCACAAGAGCAGUCGCCGUGGUGCAACCGUUGUCUCCAAUUUGCGACCUUACCCCGGUUGCGGAGAAACCAAACAAGGCGACCAGGCGGGAUCGGCAAGAUUCCGUCGAAAGCGAAUCUCUGCCGCAAACCAAAAGACGCCCGCGCACGCGGCAGCAGUCUCGCAAAGAAGCGGAAAAGGCGGCAGGUAAAGACCUUUCUUUUAGAACGCUAACGCCGCAAACUCCGGAAGAGGAAAGCGGGGCUAAAAACAACGAGCCGCCAAUCCGUACCGAGCCCGAAAUUUCUGACCUUUUCUCUCUCCCAAUAGAGAAGUGGACCAUCGCGGGUUUAUCUUUGUUAAUAGAAACAUUGGAGGACAAAGCUAGAAAUUCGAGAAGUCAACAAAAAAACAAUAGUUCCACUGAAGAUUUGCAGUCUUGGAACUUUGAUUCCUGUAAAAAGUAUUAUUCUUUCAAGAAAGAAUUUAAAGAGAUUUAUUCUGAAGUCACCGCAUUGCUUGGCAAACAUUUGAGUAAAGACACGGUUGUGCUCUUGAACACCAACCUCUCUAUGGCUGAACAAUUACAAAACGUUCAGGUUCUUAGAGACGGCGAGGUCUACAAAGAACCGCCCUACGUAUCAUCAUGGUCGAAUCAAAAUGAAGCGCUAGAUGAUAUUGACAAAGAGUUCGGCCCUAAUUUCUACUACGAGUGGCCGAGUGACAAAGAACCGGACCCGAUCAAGAAUGUCCCGGACGUGUCAUCGCGAACUGUAAAGACUCCUGGAUCUCAAAAAGUCGACGAAGAUUCCGACGACUCCCUCUCCUUGAUUGAAAUCCAUGUCUUGCAACCGCACGAAGCUAAAGCUAUCUUUGAGCAAAGUCACAAGAUGGCGCAAAGUCCAGAAAGUAUUAGUCAACCAAAGGAAGUUCCUGAUAAUUUGGUGGAAGAACCACUUCAAGGUCUUCAGGCCAAAAGAGUCUCAGAAGAUAAUUUGGGCGCUUUGGAAGCAGAACCACUCUUGGAUCUUGAGGUCAGAAGUGUCACACAGGAUAAUUGUGGUGCUCUGGUAGAGGAACCACUCCAGGAACUUCAGAUCCAAAGUGCCACACAAGAUAACUGUGGUACUCAUGUAGAGGAACCACUUCAGGAUGUUCAGGUCAAAAGACUAUCAGAAGAUAAUUGGGGCACUUUGGGAACAGAACUACUCCAGGAUCUUGAGGUCAGAAGGGUCACACAAGAACAUUGUUGUGCUCUGGUAGAGAAACCACUCCUGGAUCUCCACGUCAGAAGUGUCUCAAACAAUAAUUGUGGUGCUCUGGUAGAGGAACCGCUUCAGGAUCUUCACGUCAAAAAUGUCUCAAGAGAUAAUUGUGAUGCUCUGGUGGAGGAACCGCUCAAGGAUCCUCAGGUCCAAAGUGUCUCAAAUAAUAAUUUUGUUGCUCUGGUAGAGGAACCACUUCAGGAUCUUCAGGUCCAAAGCGUCAAAACAGAUAAUUGUGGUACUCUGGUACAAAAAACACUCCAGGAUCUUCAGAUCUCAAGCAUCCAACAAUUCUGCUGCUUUGCAAAGUGGAAAGAAAUAAUGCUAGGUUGUGAAACGUCUUCGCACAAAAAGUGCCAAUGCACAGAAGAUCUGAGCCAAAAGAGUGAACAAAUCGACUAUCAGGAGUUUUCUUUGGUACCCGAGACCCAGUUUGACUCACUGGAAGAAGACAGGGAAUCCAGUAGUGAGGAGACGGUGACCACUGACCUGCCGAUAAUAACUUGGCUUCAAAUACGCAACAAAGUUAGUGAAACUUUUGAAAUAAACGAUGACAGCGACGAAAUGGAAGAACAGACUGAAGAAACCGAAGAUGUCACCAAGGACGAGAUCUCCAAUGGUGAUGAUCUUGUCAUCGAAAUUUCAGACGAGGAUCCGGAUGAUUUCGACCUGCCUAAUCUGGAACCCGCGGAGCCUUGCCAGUCGACCGAGAACCCCGACAGAGGUGCGAGAACUUCACCUCUGGAACCUAAACCACAAAGCGGCACAAAGUCCAAAAGUCUGGACGACCACACGACUCUAGUCGAUGAAAGGAAACGUAAAAGACCAACAAUCCAAAACAGUAUAUUUCCAUUUCUGAAAAAGUUGAUGAACAAGAAGAAACCAGAUUCAGAUGAAGUCUGCGCUUUGAACGAUGAGUCCGUUGAAGGUCCCGAUGGAAAAACGACUGUGCCGAAAAAGCAAACUGUCCAGCUGAGUCUGUUUGGUUCGGUACCGAGACAAAAGCGAGAUUGCAGCUAUCAAGGGACAGCGCCGCCUGAAGUUGUAUACGCAAAGGUGGACACCAAGAACAAACUCCCUCAAUCCAAGCCAGGCACUGAAGCUGCGAAAAGCACUCUGUCUCAAAGUCUCUUAAAGUUCCAAACCGAAAGGACGACAGUUCGCCAAAGACGAUUCAGCUCUGGUAAAGAUGAAAACCUCAUCGCCGUUCAACCUGCCCCGAUAACGACUGAAAAAAAUGAAAGCCGAACUACAGUCCCAGAAAAUGUCUUGAAGUUCAACGUUCUGCCCGAAAGCUUCAACUUUCAAGACGACUCAGGUCGGAACGAUACCUCAGAAUGUUCUUCAGAUGACUCGUCACUACAGUUAGAAACGCAAAACCCCUGUAAAAAGAUGCGAGUGGACGUCUGGAGUCGUUUCCUUGCCCAGGAGCCCAAGUGUUUCCUCCCCCAAAGCGCCGAGGUCUUUGCGGAAUAUCAAAAGAAAUACAAGGAGAGGGCGAAGUCAUCUAUGACGCAAUAGAUAAAACCUCGUUUUGUUCUUUGUUUCACUGUGAAGAGGCAGCUCGUCUUCAUUUCCAUGACUUUGAUUACUUGUUGGAUGUGUUAGAUAAGAAGCGUUAAAAAGAAUGUGAAAGGGGAGGUGUACUUCAAUCCCACCCCCGCGUCGGCUCCGGUGCGUUUCGACACUGAAGUUUACUGUUAGCUUUGUGCACACUGUAACCAUGUAAAACGUUUGUAUGUUUAAAUUACCGUGCAGGUUUUUUUUUUUUUUUUUGUGUACGGUCCACCUGGGCAUAUAUUAUAUUUUUUGGAUUACAAGCAGUUUCUAUAAGGUUAUUAUUAUUAUUGUUUUUACAAACAAGCGUCAUUCAUUAAAAUGAACAUUUUUGUUA